GGCGGCGCGAGGCGGUGGCGGCGUGGAGACCGGCAUGGCGGAGGCCGGUGGGGAUCCUCACAGGCUGCGGCCGCGGCCUCCGGGACGCAGCGGGGCUCGUCGGGACCUGCCCGGUGCCCACAUCGAGUCUUUCAACUACGCCGUCAGCGAGGGCGUCUACCGCGCCGUGCAGGAUCUGUCCCCGCUGGAGUUCGCGCUGAAGGACAGCCGGGUGUUGCUGGUGGUGGCGGGGGUGUCCAUCUCCCCCCCCGCCGUGCCGGUAGGGACGGUCUGUCAGGAGAGGAGAGUGUUCCCCGCCGAGUGCCGCGGCCUCCGCAGCACCUACCGCGGCAGGAUCACCGCUGACAUCAGCUGGUCAGUGAAUGGCAUGCCACAAGGGACUAUUAAACAGCCCCUGGGGUAUAUUCCAAUCAUGGUGAAGUCCAAAUUGUGCAACCUCUAUAAUCUUUCUCCACAAGAGCUCAUACAGCACCAUGAGGAGGAAGAGGAAAUGGGAGGCUACUUUAUAAUUAAUGGCUUAGAAAAAGUCAUUAGGAUGCUGAUUAUGCCCAGGCGAAAUUUCCCUCUUGCAAUGACAAGACACAAAUGGAAAAACAGAGGCCCUGGUUUCACAGAGUAUGGAGUAGUGAUGCACUGUGUUAAGGAUGAGCACACUGCAAUAAAUAUGAACCUUCACUACUUGGAAAAUGGUUGUGUCAUGGUGAAUUUCAUUUUCCAGAAAGAGUUGUUCUUCCUUCCCUUGGGAUUUGCUCUGAAGGCAUUGGUUAAUUUCCCAGACUAUCAGAUUUUUGAAGAGUUGAUCAAAGAAAAGGAAGGUGACACCUUUUACGUGAACUGCAUUACUGAGAUGAUGAGAAUGGUAGCAGAUGCAGGCUGUUUUACACAGCAAAACGUCCUCGAAUACCUGGGAAAGAGCUUCAGAGUAAAACUUAACCUUCCUGAGUGGUACAGCAAUGAACAGGCUGCAGAUUUCAUUUUGGACAAGUGUAUCUGCAUACACCUGACAAACAGAACUGAAAAGUUUUACCUGCUCUGUAUGAUGACCCGCAAGCUGUAUGCUUUUGCCAAAGGGGAGUGCAUGGAGGAUAAUCCAGACAGUCUGAUGAAUCAAGAAGUGCUUACCCCAGGACAGCUUUUCCUUAUGUUCUUAAAGGAGAGGCUUGAAAGCUGGUUGCAAUCUGUUAAGUUCGUUUUGGAGAAAAGAACAGAAAAGGCAGGUAUCAGCGUAAAUGAAGACAGCUUGAUGAAGGCAUUCAGCCUGGCAACAGACCUCACCAAGCCAUUUGAAUAUCUUCUUGCAACUGGUAACCUGCGAUCUAAAACUGGCCUGGGCAUGUUACAGGACAGUGGUCUGUGUGUGGUGGGAGACAAGCUGAAUUUCAUUCGCUACCUUUCCCACUUCCGCUGCAUACACAGAGGGGCAGCAUUUUCCCAGAUGAGAACUACAACUGUCCGCAAGCUGCUGCCUGAAUCCUGGGGGUUCCUGUGCCCUGUGGACACCCCAGAUGGAGAGCCCUGCGGUCUGAUGAACCACAUGACGGCUGUGUGUGAAAUAGUGACGGAGAUGGUGCCUGUGAUAGACAUUCCACCUUUGUUAUGUUCCCUAGGUGUCACCCCCAUUGAUGCAACUCCAAGCAAGCCUUACGCAGAGUGUUACAGAGUUGUGUUGGACGGCUCUGUGGUGGGCUGGGUAGAGCGGGAGCUGGCUCCUGAGAUUGCAGAAACCCUCCGCCGUUUCAAGAUAACGCAAGAGAAGAGAUUUCCUGCACGGGCAGAAGUGGUCCUUAUCCCAAUGACGGGAAAACCCAGUCUGUAUCCUGGGUUGUUCAUUUUUACUACCCCUUGCCGGAUGGUGCGGCCUGUCAGAAACCUGUUCUAUGGAAGGAAUGAAUGGAUUGGUACUCUGGAACAGAUCUUCAUGAACGUGGCCUCGCUGGAGUCUGAGGUGGUGCCUGGAAUGACCACUCACCAGGAGCUCUUCCCUCACAGCAUUCUGAGCGUGGUGGCCAACCUCAUCCCCUUCUCUGACCACAACCAAAGUCCACGGAACAUGUACCAGUGCCAGAUGGGAAAACAAACCAUGGGGUUUCCAGUUUAUAACUACAAGGACCGCUCAGAUAACAAAUUGUACCACCUUCACACUCCUCAGAGCCCUCUGGUGCGGCCCAGCAUGUAUGACUAUUACGGUAUGGACAGCUACCCGGUCGGCACCAAUUCAGUUGUGGCUGUCAUCUCCUACAGCGGCUAUGACAUGGAAGAUGCAAUGAUUGUGAACAAAUCUUCAUGGCAGAGAGGGUUUGCCUAUGGAAGUGUUAUCAAGAUGGAGAGCAUUGACCUUUCCCUUAAAGCCAGCAGGGGAGGCGAUAAUUUAGUCUUCGGCAUCAGGCCUGGUGAUCCGAACGUUACGGAGAAGUUGGAUGCCGAUGGACUGCCUUUUGUUGGCUCUAUUCUACAGCCUGGGGACCCCUUCUACAGCUUCAUGAACCUCAACACAGGGGAGACCUUCACUGUGUACUAUCCGAAUAAGGAAGUCGGCAUUGUAGACAAUGUCAGGUUAUGCAGUAAUGACCGUGGCACUGGGAAAUUCAAGAAGGCUUGCAUCACUGUGCGGGUCCCCCGAAAUCCAACUGUCGGAGACAAAUUUGCCAGCCGUCACGGACAGAAAGGUAUCCUGAGCCAGCUCUGGCCAGUUGAGGAUAUGCCGUUCACAGAGGACGGGAUGGUUCCAGACAUCCUCUUCAAUCCUCAUGGCUUUCCCUCCCGUAUGACCAUUGGGAUGUUAAUCGAGAGCAUGGCGGGGAAGUCAGCAGCGCUGCACGGCAUCUCCUACGACGCCACUCCCUUCACCUUCACGGAGAAGAAUUCCGCUUUGAAAUACUUUGGCGAGACUUUAGUGAGCGCAGGUUAUAACUUCUUUGGGACGGAAAAGAUGUACAGUGGCAUCAGCGGCCUGGAGCUGGAGGCAGAGAUCUUUGUGGGAGUGGUGUACUAUCAGCGCCUGCGCCACAUGGUCUCGGACAAGUUCCAGGUGAGGACAACGGGGCCCCGAGACGCUGUCACCAACCAGCCUGUCAAGGGGAGGAACGUGGAAGGUGGGAUUCGCUUCGGCGAGAUGGAGCGUGACGCUUUGCUGGCUCACGGCACGUCUUUCUUGCUGCAAGACCGCCUGUUCAACUGCUCCGAUGGCUCCAUAGCCUACGUCUGCACGAGCUGCGGCAGCAUGACGUCGCCUGUGCUGGAGAAACCACCGCACUCCUCCUCCGUGACAAGCAACAGGAGGUACUCCUGCUCUGUCUGCAGCGAAGUGGACGCAAUCGAGGUUGUCCCUGUCCCCCACGUCUUCCGUUACUUUGUGGCGGAGCUGGCAGCCAUGAACAUAAAAACAAAGCUCAACGUGGAGUAGCUCUGUCCUCGGGCACAGCGAUGCUGCUGCUGGGAGGGAGGAAGCACGCGUCAGUCCUUCCUUUGCCCCCUGCGGGUUUCAAGCGUUAAGUCGGUUCUCAGGUUCUUCAAAUGUUUGCAAGAUAAAUUUGAUGUUUGUACCAAGACGGGGCAGUCGCCAAGCUGUAUGGUGAGGAAAUACGGCUCUGUUGAAGUUUGUUUACACUUCCUAAAGGAUCACUAGCUAUUGAGAUGUGGCGUAUGGGAAAUCAAGCGAUAUCACUGCUCCCUCCAGGCUGCUGGGUUGAGAGCGGUGGGGGUUCUUUAUGCUCCGAGCGCUGGCUGCAGCUGUGCAAAGAUGAAGAGGUCAUAAAACAGCAUGAAGCGAAUGCUGGGAAUGACGGAAAAAAAAGGAUAUAUUUUGUUUUGUGAAGAAAAGUCCUUGCAAAACGCAUGCCUUAAUGAUGGGUACGUGUUAAAGUGAUUGGACACGUUUUGUUUUGCUCUAUUUCAAUACGUAUGCCUUGAAACUCAUGAAGAAGGCGCAAAGUUCUACCGCACGAAGCCGCAGCCUCGACCCCAAGAGACCACGGUGGCCGAGCCGGGCCCGUCCCGGGAGCGUUUGGUAUCGCUGAGCCCAGCACCUCCCUUGGUACGGCACCGCAGCGGGAUUUGGGGUUUUUUUGGUGUGUUUGGCUGAAGAAGAAAAAAGAAGAAAGCAGAGGGCUUUCCGGCCUGGCCCCGAGCACCUCGUGCUGUUAAAGCGCAGACGCCGUGGGACAGGAGCUGGCUGUGUCCCCGUCGACGUGCGCAAGCCCGGUCCCCCGCAGCCGCUGCCGCCCCCGGUGGGUGCCAGUCCUGCUCCCCCCGGGGCACCGGCCAUGCUCCCGCCUACUCCCACCCCAUCCGUUGCCCCCGUCCCGGCCGGGCCGGUGCCCCGGGGCGGCAACCAUACGCUUCUUGUUAAAAGAGUUCUUUUGUACGUUUCUA